AUGGAGGAUAUGGCCAGGGCCGAGUAUCCCGCCAUGCUGGCAACUCUCCAGCCCAGCCAGGCGGUGCACACUCUUACCGAACGAAUGAAGCGCAUGUCCCGCGUCAACACCGAAAUUGCCGACUGGCUCCAGGAGCGCCGUCGCGUGGAGGAUCAGUACGUGCAGGGCCUCAAGAAGCUUGCUACCUUCAAGGUUCCAAACUCUCAGUCUGAGCUAGGUGUGUUCCAAGCGCCGUGGAAUAGAAUCAUCGACUCGACGGAAAACAUCGCCCACUCGCAUCAUCAGCUUGCCGAUCGCAUCGAGAGGGACAUCGAGCAUCCGCUGCGCAAUUUUGCCAACCGCAAAGAUGUCCAGAACAUGAACACUAUGUCCAGCAACCUAACGACUAUGGCCAGAGACCUCGAAGAGUCCCAGAAUCAGGUCGAUAAGCUUACCAAGAAAGGAAGCCGUGCAAACACUUCAAAGGUCGACGCAGCUUCUUCCAAGCUCGAAUCUGCUACAGGGCAGUGGGAGUCGCAGGCACCUUUCAUCUUCGAAUCUCUCCAGGCCCUCGACGAGUCACGAGUGAACAACUUGCGUGAUCUUCUGACACAGUAUCAGACCCACGAAUCUGAUUCAGCUGGGCGUGUGCAGGAGAAUGCAAUGGAGACCCUUGCUCUCAUGCUUGAAAUCGACACGGAAAAGGAGAUUCAGUCAUUUGUGCACAGGGCUACGGCUGGCAAGGCAAAGCUUCCUACAAGGACAUCAACACGGCAGUCAUCUUUCGCAGGCACAACCCCUUCGACUCCAGUUCCUCCAAGCACUGCCGAUAGCACCAAUUUGCCUGCUCAAAGCGCCCACACAUCAUCUCCUGCGCCUGUUCCAGCUCCCGCCUCUUCCCAUGCAGGCGACGAUGAUAUCAGCGAACACAACUCGGUUCCACAGGAGAAGCCAGGUGGUAAAUUACGCCGCCUCGGUACCAUGUUCGGUGGACGCAGGAGACAGAGCAUGCACGCCGGUUUCGGCCAGCUCUCUCCUGGAAAGCUAGGCCCCAGCUUCGGACGCAUGGGAACCAGUCACAGCCAAAACGAGCGCGGUGUCUCCCCUCGAGGCUCCUCCAACAACCUCGCAGAGCACCACCGAUUGUCCUCUCUAGCAGAGACUCCCGAUGUGCCCAAGCUACCUAAUAACGAGACCGACUCGCCCAGGCCCGAUGCCUCGCAUGAGAACACGAACGGAGUGUCGCACAACGGAAAUCUGCUCGACAGCCCGAUCCCACACACGACUGGGGGUACAGUCAACGGUAACCAUGAACCCGAUCUGUCAGAUGUCCAGCCUCCCCCUGGCCCUCCGCCGUCACACAAGCAGGAGAACCAGUCCCCCGCGCCGCCACAGCUCGCAACCAAGGACGCUGAAGGAUUUACCGUUCCACCACCAAUGAACGACCCCAUCUCUGAGGCUCAGCGUGAAGCUAAGGAAUCUGGCGAAGAUCCUGACCAGCUUCUCAAGGUCAACAUUCAGCAAACGCCUGUGGAGGACGAGGACCCAGAGGCCAAGAUGGCUGCUCUUUCUAGCGUCGCCAACAGUCUCAAGCUUGGACCGGCCACUCGUCGUAGUGGUACAGUGAGAGGACGUCGUGACGUGCGCCAUACCAUGUAUGUGCCACCGCCCAACCUCCCUGAGAGCGGCACGGACUCGUCUCUGAGCGCUAGACCAACAUCUCCAUCUUUCGCACAAUCUCUUUCCAAGGGAAGUGCAGUUGCAGCCUUGGCAUCUGAGGCUAGCAUUGCUGGUACUUCGGAUACACAGUCUGUGAGGUCGGGCAACUCAUUGGGUGGCCUGAACCAUCCUCAGCAUGCGCAUAUGACUGCUCCAGGACUGAACACGUCCAUCAUUGAGAGUGUUUCCGCUACAUUUGAGGAUGGCGUCGUCAAGUCUACAACCAUUACUGGCGAGAUUGCAUUCGUCAACAAUCCCAGUGACUCUGGUGAUACGAAGAGCUACCAGACUAUACGCAUCAAUAACUUUUCGGCCCUUGAGCGCAUCGGACCGAACCGCAUCUUUGUGAACUCAUCUCCUGACCAUAACGAUCAGUUCACCAUGGGUUUAGAUCACCUCUCCAAUAACACUCCCGCAUUCUCAUACCGAGUAUUUUCCGAGGACUCCGAAACCCCUUCACUGGGCGAGCAUGCUCCUCUCUCCCUCAAACCCGCAUGGAAGCCUCAAGGAGACAAACUCGGCCUCUUACUACAGUACCAGCUCAACCCAUCAUCAAAGCUCACCGCCCCUGUGACACUACACAACGUCGUCAUCGUCGCCACCUACGAAGGCAAAUCCAGCGGCGCCCAGACAAAGCCCGUAGGAACGCACCUCAAGGACAAGCACCUCGUGUACUGGCGUAUUGGCGAUCUCACCCUCACGACGGAACCUCACAAGAUCGUCUGCCGCAUCAUUGGCGCAGAAGGCGCAGAGCCCAAACCAGGCCACAUUGAAGCACGCUGGGAGUUCACAGCCACCGGCGAUCAAGUCAUCGGUAGCGGUAUCUCCAUCUCCAGACUCGACGAGGGCAAGGGUAAAGGCAAAGAUGUAUCUGAGGACGAUCCUUUCGCGGACGACACCGCCAGCACAGAACACAAGUGGGUUGACGUACCUAUCUCGAGAAAGCUCGUCAGCGGUAAAUAUGAAGGACGGUAG